CGACGUUCACCUAUCAUCGAUCCUUGCGUUCCUAGGCAGCACACAAUGGCAGCACCGGCAUCCCGCGCGCUCAGGCGCUGUAUCUGCACCGCUAAGCAGACCACGUAUGUACGACCGACGAUUGGAGCCACACAGCAGAGGAUACAGCGGAGAUGGCAAUCGGAUGCGGCUGCGCACACAAACCCCAAGAUUGCGACCAUUGUCGACCAGAUUAGUCAAUUGACUCUGUUGGAGACUGCGGAUCUCGUGUCAACAUUAAAGACUCGCCUAAAUAUCCCCGACAUGCCCAUGGGUGGCUUUGUUGCCGGCCCAGGAAGUGCUGGACCCGCCGCUGCAGCUGCCCCCGCGGAGGAGGAGGAAGCCGCCCCUGCUGCCCAAGAAAAGACACUCUUCAACCUCAAGCUUGAGAAGUUCGACCCGGCCGCGAAACCCAAGGUGAUCAAGGAAGUCAAGGCCAUGCUUGGUCUCAGUCUGGUCGACAGCAAGAAGUUCGUCGAGAGCGCACCAAAGGUGAUGAAGGAGGGCGUCCCCAAGGAGGAGGCAGAGAAGAUUGUUGAGACGCUUAAGGCACUCGGCGCCACCGUUGUCCUGGAGUAGAAGAAUACAUCUGGAAGGAAGGGAUGAUGAUUUGGGACAAGAGACGGACACUGUAUCAUAGCAUUGCACAACGGGCGUGUACAGAUAUGUUUGGAAUGAUCGUAGAUGUAUUCGGAAUACCUCAAAACUCCAAUAACAAUUGGGCGUCAUGAGACAGCCCGUGGUAUCUUUCCA